UAUGGAGAACCCUGUACCAUAUAGCAGAGGGUUGCAGAAGCAUUCCUUGUCGAUCAUUAAACAGGGGCGAAGUGGAUAUGACCCGUCUGAUACGGAGACAGAAUGGCAUGAAGCUCCGUGGCAUGAAUUCAAUAGGAAGAGUGUAGAAUUGGGUUCUGGAGUGCCAAAGAUGAGUUCUGAUGACACUAGGAACCUGAAUCCGUUGAGACUCAGCAGGAGACACUCUUCAAAGUUUGAUCCUGAAGGGGUGCCACUUACAAGGAAACGCAGCAAAUCUCCCUAUAAGCCUCAAAGAGAUGAUGGGAAUUCCCGGUCACCUACUCUUGGUUCCCUUCCCCUUCCACCAGGAAGGAAUAUCAGUCCGUUUUCCAAGUCUGAGCGUAGGAGGCAUCUUUCACCAUUCAUACCCACAAGAGGGGAUGAUCUUUUGGAGACUGAUGAAGCUUUUGGCUCAUAUCAUAAGCAGAAACACAGCCAGCCCAACACUGAAAGUUAUCGGGAUGCUGAGAAGCUGAAUUAUGGUAGAACAUUGUCGGCACCUAGACUGAGAACUAGGGACAAGGAGCAACAGAUGAAGUAUGAUUAUUGGGUGAAAAGGAGAGAGGAAAGGAGUAGGACACCUCCAUUGCGCAGAAGUGUUACCCCACGAAAAGACAAGGAAGGUAACCCUAAGAAUGUCCCUUCUGUGGGUGAGAUCAAUGAGAUGGUUGCAAAUGCGAAAUUGGCUAAGAGUCCAGUGAGACAUGCUCCAGUUUUUGAUAGCACAGAUUCUCUUCCAGGAGGCGAUAUUUUCUUUUCUCGAGACUAUGCAGCUAUGUCGACACAGAAGAUUAAGAAUGGUGGUCUGGAAAGUCGUCUUAGCCCGAAGGCCAAAUUGUUCAUAGAAAAGAAACCUGAUCCACACCAUCGUUAUAAAUCAAAUGCUAUUCCUAAUUAUAAUACUACCGGUAUUUCUUCUAGCAGUCUUUUAACACCCACAACUAUCAUCUCAAGCUCCGCUGUAAGUAGGCAAAGUAGCAAUCUAAGUGAUGCCAGUGCAAAAUCAACUGGGAGCUCCUGGAAGUUCACUGCAAAUAGGCAGAAAAGCCAGACGGAUUCAUGGUUCUCUUGCAUAGGGAAAGGACCUUGCCGUACGUCCAAGAAGUCUCCAGAAAGAGAGAGAGCCUUUGAUGAAGCUUCUUUCAUUGAGAAGGCUUUCGUAGUUGAGAGCCUUAGACAAUUCUGGGCAGAUAAGUAUCAACCUUCGUCAUUGAAUGGGUUCACUUGCCACAAACAAGAAGCCCUGCAACUUAAACAACUGGCAUCCCAGGACAUACUUCCACAUAUUCUUUUGAAGGGACCUCAAGGGUCAGGGAGGAAAGCAUUGACAAUGGCCCUACUACGUGAGAUUUAUGGAGAUGCUGCCCGGAAUGAAACAAGGCUGACUCAAGUAGCAGUUCCUUUAACCUCAAGUGUGCAUCAUGUGGAGCUUAAUGUGUACUUGGAAGCUAAUGCUAGAUAUGCUCUUAUGGCUUCAGUCAAGCAAAUAAGCAGCAACCAUUCAGUUGCUCCUGAGAUCAGCACAGUUAAUUUGAAGCCAGAUUAUACAGUAAUGGUCCUUUAUGAUGUUGACAAAGCUGAUGAGAGCAUUCAGCACUUGAUAAAGUGGAUUAUGGAUUGCUAUUCGGAUGUGUGUAAGCUGAUUCUGUGUUGUGAGGGUGAUGUCGACAUUCUUGAACCAGUGAAAACUCGGUGCCAUAUUUUCAAGGUUGAUGCUCCUGUAACUCAUGAAAUCAUGGAAGUUCUUAUUCAGAUAGCAAGGAAAGAGAACUUCGAUUUAUCCAUGAAGUUUGCUGCAAAGAUUGCAAAUAAAUCCAAGCAGAACUUGAGGAAAGCAAUCAUGGCUCUUGAAGCCUGCAAGUCUCACAACUAUCCUUUUCUCGAAGACCAACCAAUCGCAAUAGGAUGGGAGGAUGUACUUAUUGACCUUGCUGCCGAGAUUUUAGCUGAUCCAUCACAUAAGAGGCUGUUUCUCAUACGUGGGAAGCUACAGAAACUUCUGGUGGAAUUUGUGCACCCAAAACUGAUUCUUCAGAAACUCAUCGAACAGUUCCUAAAGGGUGUUGAGGCUACUUUGAAAAGGGAACUAUAUUAUUGGCAUCGUUAUUAUGAUAAGAGACUCCCGGUUGGAACUAGUGCCUUGCUGAAGUUAGAAGAGUUUGUUGCCAAAUUCAUGAGUAUACACAGGAAGAAUUUACAUAAUCGUCAGUGAUUGAACCUUCGGGGAUGUCUGUUCUACGUAUGGGAGGUUACGUUCCUAGGAAAGCAUAAAUAAUGCAACAAGGUAGGUAUCUCCUCGGACCUUUUAGCAAGUACAAAAACACCAUAUGUUUUUCCCCGAGUUCAACGAGGGAACGUAAUGAAAUUCCUCCUGUUACGAAGU